UCCCUCCAAUGCUUCGCGCAAACACCCUGCGCCUUCAGAGGCUCGGAACCUCCUACGUUUGUGCGUCCUGCCGGCCCUGCCUUUCAGCGCCAUGUCGAACACGACCCUCUUUCUUCCAGACCACCGCCCUGGCUGGCGACCGAGGCUAUAGGAGGAGUAUCUCGAACAAGAAGUCGACAGCAACGCCAGCCCCAAAAGACGAUGCGGAACCUAGCAACGAUGCAAUACCCGAGGCCGAGGCUGAUUCUGGGAAGGAUAAACAGGUCAAAGCUAAGGGCGGUUUGGAACCUAGGAAAGCGAAACCUAAGAGCGUUACUAAACCUCAGAGCGAUGCGAAGCCUGACGGUGAUGUGAAGCCUCAGAGCGAUGCGAAACCUCAGAGCGAUGCGAAACCCAAGGGUGGACGGACGGCAAAAUCGAUGAAACCAGCACUCAAGAAAACUGCUCCUAAAGCUCAACCGAAGGCCGGGUUAUCGUCAAGCAAGAAACCGCCAGCCAAUCAAGGAAAGCCCGCCGACAAAGAGAAGCCGGUCGACCCUCAAACAGCACCCGAGCCAGAGGUUAUAAAGCAGGUUUUUGAAUCUUUGAAGAAGCUUGAGCAAAGCUACGCCUCCAUCAAUAGCAGGCUGUCGAAUAUUCAUGAAGGCACCACGGGAGCGGCUGCCGCAGGAGCCAAAGUUGAUCCUGAGAAGAAGGGAGAACUGGACGCAUUUGUGGCGAAACAGAGCGACAGGUUGGGUGGGAAGCUCAAGGUGAUUUCUGGUACCCUGGAUGUCUUGAAGAGCGUCUUGCGCUCCCAGUCAAUCCCGUUAGACCACCUCGCAAAGAGGCCGAGUACCACGAAAUCGUCGGGCACCACAUCAGAUAAAGCUUCUGAGAGCAAAGCUCAUCCAGCUCGGCGUAACAAGGAAACUCCGAAUAGGCGUGAGGAUAUUCGGAUGAGAGUGCGAAAGGUGCUGCUUGGCGAGGAGCGAAAGCCGAUACCCGAAGAACCAAUGAAAGUCGCGUGGACAUCACUUGAAAAUCGCCUUACGACUCCAGUGGGUUUGGCGGCAGCGGCUGCUGGUGCAUCAGCUCUCGGCGCAGCAAGGUCUGCCGCCGAUACAGCUCCCGACGAAGCGGCUGCCGACGAGACAGCUCCCGACGACAGCGAACAACCCCCACCCAAGCCCAAGAGGCUCAAGAAGUCCGAGAAGCCUCUUGUCAAUGUCAAGAGGGUGAAGGCGGAGAGUCUUCACUUAGUGCCCAUCGAAUUACCAGACGCUCCUGAGGUGCCGAAACUCGCGUAUGGACUGGACAGAGUCUUGUUCAACCCUGGAGUAUACCAUAUGCAGGACCCCCGCUCGCGAGUCUUCAACUUUGAUCCUUACCUCGGCGAUAUUAUGCCGAUCAACGAGUUUGACUUCGAUGCGCUCCAGAAAUACGUCACCUCUUCAAAGGAUAACACCUUGAUCUCACUUGCAGCCAAGCUGGGUAGGAAGUACACCGGCUCAACGUCCAGCAUGACCCAGACGUUGUCCCAUUUUCACUUCUUGCUUUCUGCGUGGCGGCCUAUCAACCCUGAAAACAUGAGUCGUCAGUUCACGCCCGAGUAUUCGAGCUUUACUGCUAUCUCUCGUGCGCCAGCUGCCUCCUUCCUCCAUUUCAAUGAAGGUGUGUACGCGAUCGAUGCCGACAAGGAGUACGACAGUGCCAGUAUCUUGAGCAUGCUCGGAAAGUCAAUGGAGAAGCAAUUGACGCUGCCGAGAGAGGAGUUCGAAAAGUAUCGCCGUGCCAACUCCGACCAAAUCACCGAGGAGGAGCGCAAUGCCGCCGAGGCCUUCCAUUACACCACCAUGGGCGACUUCCUCAUGCGUUCUCAACUGGAUGCGUAUGAUCCACGGUUACCAGGAUCUGGAAUGUUUGAUCUGAAGACAAGAGCUGUAGUCUCAAUUCGCAUGGACGCCCAGGGAUUCCACAAGGGACUUGGCUAUGAGAUCCGCCGCCGUUACGGCCAGUGGGAGUCUUUUGAGCGCGAGUACUUCGACAUGAUCAGAUCUGCGUUCCUCAAGUAUUCCCUGCAAGUACGGAUGGGCCGUAUGGAUGGCAUCUUCGUCGCCUUCCAUAACACACAACGCAUCUUCGGUUUCCAGUACAUCCCCAUUAAUGAGAUGGACCAAGCCAUUCACGGAUCCUAUGCUCGAAAUGUCGGAGACAAUGAAUUCAAGCUCAGCCUCUAUCUUCUCAACAAGGUCCUGGACCGCGCGACAGAACGAUUCCCUGGCCGAUCCAUCCGACUUCAUGUGGAGACGCGACCUAGUGACCCUCCUUUCAUGUACGUUUUUGCGAAACCUGUUACAAAGGAAGACAUCGACAAGGUCCAAACGCGCAACCAAGCCGCCGUCAAAGAGUUUGAGGAGCAGAUCCUUGGUAUGGCCUCACAGGAGUCGUCGGCGGAACAUGAAGCGCAAGAGACGGAAGUCGAACAACCAGUUGGUCAAGAGGAAGACGAGGAGGCUGUCGGCGUCGAUGGGUCCAGUACUGAGUCUAGUAACCAAGUGUGGCAGACGCAAGAAUUCUGGGAAGAAAUGCAGGAGAAGGUCAAUGAGGCAGUGGAAGACGAUGCCCUCGGCAUUGGCCAUGUUCGGGAGGCAAUCCACGACGCGCUGGAGCAGAGCGCAUUGCUAAAGGCGAGGACACCUGAAGAAGCUCGCUGGUAUGUCGACGGCCUCUUGGAGGCACUUACUCGCAACCAAGUGAGCGAGGCGCAGGACAACGAUGGAAAGGAUAACCAGACAGAUGCGAUGUCUGCAAGCGAGUUUAGCACUACCUCGGCCGACGACGCUCAAGCUGGUGAAUCGAACACAGCACAAGAAGCUGUGCCAAUCGCUGGCGAGGAAACAGAGUCGGCCCAAGAGACAGACGCGGAGUCAUCGCCAGAGACAGGGGUGCGCAGCUCUCGGAAUCUUGGCCUGAAAGAGUUGAUUCUCCGGGUUGCUUCGAAUGUCGAUGAGAAUGUCGAUGAGAAUGUCGAUGUGGACGAAACCGACAUUCCUAAAGAUGACACUGCUUCUGACGUCUCCAAACUCCGAACCUUCGAGCGUAUUCUCUCUAAGCUGGUUGCCGAGUCGAAGCAGUCGGAAAUCAAGACGACACCUCCGGCCUCAAACAUGGAGGAAGCAACGGCUGAGAUUCUUGAGAAUGUUGCCCCCAGUGCCAGCCAGACGGCAACCUCCAAUGAGUCUCCCGAGGAUGUUGACGGCAAAGCCCAGGAAGAAGACGACACACCUGAGCUUGAUAUCGUCGAUAACGAGCUCCUCGGAAUGGUCCUGACCGUGCGGAACAAGGUUAAUGGGCAAUACGUCUCUCGCCCCGACCCCCUGGCUCCGUCAUCGUCCUGGAACGUGGAGUAUUCUAUUGAAGAACUUCCUGCGGGCCGCGCCGAGGCCCUGUAUAAAGCACUACAGACGCGACGCAGAAAGGUGCUCUCAAACGACAGAAAUGCCAACCGGCCGGAUCCGUGGUACCAUAUGUUUUCGGGCAAGUUGGAGCAGAUGAGUAAGAGGGGCAGGAGAUACCGGCAGAAGGUGGAAGAGAAGGCCCGGGAGAACCCGGUUCACAUCUUCGGUAUGGACGAUCCCGUAACUUAUGAUGAGGCUUUCGGGCACAGGGCGCAGUGGAAGACAAUAUCCUGGGACCAAUCGACAGACGAGUUGCGAGAAGACGAUCUUGAUGAGAAGGCUUUGAAGGAGGAUUUCUUCCAGGAGGACGACUUGACCGAGGCCGAGCUGCGGGAGGUCGAGCUCAAUGAGGAGGAGUUAAAUCUGGAAUCGAAUGAGGACGAACUGAAGGAGGUGGAACUCCAAGAGGACGCUCUGGAGGAGAAUAAGCCGCAAGAGGGCGAGCUAAAGAAGGAAGAGCUGCAAGAGGACAAGCCGCGAGACUCAUAAAAGGGGCUAUCGUGGACUUGGGGCUGUAUGAUAAUUGUGUACCUACCAUUUGUAAUACAUGUACAAAAAGGGCGAGAGCGAAUCUGGAAUGAAGUAGCUAUUCUUCUCUCAGAAUUUUCCUCUACUUGAUAAGUUUACAUCUACGUAUGCCUGGCUGCCGACGCGGUGCCACAUGGUUUGCAU